AAUAAUUAAGUUUUAAGGAACAAUUGUACACGGAUUUUCUGAUGUAUCACAAAUGAAUACGCUUUCACUUUAAAUCGGUGUACUAUGCAGCGUCUAUGACCAGUCAGUGAUGCGUUGCAUAGGGAAGUUACGUGAUGCGCAUAUAGUGUUAUUGAUGCCGACGCCAACAACAAAAUUUGACAGUCUUAUGUAAUUCCUUAUGUUGACAGCGUGCCACUCGGAAUGUUUGUGCGUUCAAAUUGACAUAAUUUAAUUUAGGAAAACUCAAUGGAAGAAACUAACGUUUCGAAAACGCAAGGCGCACCGAAAAUGGACAGUGAACCCAUGACAGUAAAUUCGCCGUCUCAUAGCAUCGCGGGAGCGGAAGAAGAAUCAUCAGAACGAACUCCUGAAUCCGUAACUGAUGAAACAUCAGCUGAUUCUUCAGAAAAAAGCGCAUCAAUACUUAAAUAUGAGGAGGAGUGGGCAGCACUGUGCCACCGGGACGACCCGGGCCUGGAGGAGCUGCGGCGGCGCGCGGUGCUGGGCUCCCUGCGCGCCUCGCGCUUCCGCAGCGUCUGCUGGCGGGCGCUGCUCGGCGUGCUGCCGACCGGCGGCGCCCCGCCGCACGGAGAGGCCUGGUUGGCGGAGCUCCGGCGCUCACGCCAGCACUACGCGCGCCUCUGUGCCAAGCUGGCUGCCGACCCCUGGAAGGACAACGACCUGCUCGUUCGCGACGACCCACUGUCUCAGAGCUCCGAGAGUAUAUGGCACCAGUACUUCUGUGACAAGGAGCUGCGAGCACUUAUCAGACAGGAUGUUGUGCGCACAUUCCCCGGUGUUGACUUCUUCCGUAAGCAGAUGAUACAAGAUGCCAUGGUCAACAUACUUUUCUGCUAUGCUCGUGAACAUCCACAAAUGUGUUACAGACAGGGUAUGCAUGAGAUCCUUGCCCCCCUUCUGUUUGUGCUGCACUGUGACCACCAAGCACUGCUGCAUACGAAGGAGCAGGUACAAGUCAGUGAUGAGAUAUCUGAGAUACUGAACCCCAAGUUCCUGGAAGAAGAUGCUUAUGCCAUCUUCAGUAGAAUAAUCGGUGGAAUUGCUUCCUGUUACCGGAUAAAUGACUUGACCCCGACAGCGACUGGCUACUUCCCAGCAAACCUGCAGACUCCGUCACCUGAUGGAGGUAGCGGGCGGUCGGAGAACGAGGUGGUGGCGCAGCUGAAUUGGAUCCGCGAUCGGCUGCUGGCGCCCAAGGACCCGCAGCUGCACCAGCACCUGCAGCAGCUCGACAUUCCUCUGCCCCUCUUUGGAAUCCGAUGGCUGAGGCUACUGUUCGGUCGGGAGUUUCCACUGCAGGACCUGCUCGUGCUGUGGGAUGCCAUCUUUGCAGAAGGGCAGGACUUCGAACUAGUCAACUACAUCGUCGUCGCCAUGCUCAUCGCCAUCAGGCACCAGUUGCUGUCCAGUGACUACACUGCUUGCCUCACCUACCUCAUGAGGUACCCAGGAGCAGUUGACAUCUCGUACAUCAUCGACCACGCACUGCACCUAAAGGACCCAGAUAAAUACUCGGAGCCGGCAAUUACGUCCUUCCCGACGCUCCCCAACGUCACCGUCGGCGGUCGGGCGGACCUCAACCGGGGCGCGGCGGCUGGCCACGCCCACGAGGGGCAGUUCGGCCCUCUGAAGCAGCGCCGCCCAGGCCACCGCCAGCAGCAGCAGCACCACCACCACUACCGGAGCAGCACGGUGCCGCCGGGCGACAAGGGCGGCGACGUCGAGAUCGUGGUCAGCUCGCAGGUGGUGGUGCGCAGCUCGGAGAAGGCAGCUGCCCAGCUCAAGAAGGGCUCCGCACCGGACAUCAGCACUCUCUCUGGAAGACUGAAGAAGCUCUCUUCGAGGUCUGGGCGUUGGGGCGGACCCUCCAAGGGCAGCCAGACCAAGAGGGACGAUGCAGACGCGGGGAUCGUGGACGGCUACGCUCUCGAU